UUUCACAUUUCUUUCUCUUCCAGCUUUUUCUUUGCUUUCUUCUUCUUCAACGCGGAUUCACUAUAGAAUAUACUUAUAUUUCCCUUUAUACAAAUAAAUAAUAAAUAGCCAAUUUCAUUCUUGGUCUUUCAUUCAGACAUUUCUUCAUAGAAUUUUUCCAUGAAAACUACAUAAAGGUAGAAUCUUGGAGUUGUUUUACAGGUUUUUCGUAUCCCCUUAAAGAAAUCUCACUUAAAUAUUGUACAAAUAAGAUCAAGAAACCAAUUUUCUGUGGAAAAAAGAAAAGGGUCAUAGAAUCUUGAAGUUAAUUAUCAAGAUUGAUGGCAUCUGCUGCAAUUUUCUCAUCGUUAAGGAGACAAAGAUCACCUUCACUGGAAGCAUUCUUGGCACCUGUAGAUCUAACAGAUGUGGGGUUGUUACAAACUCUAACAGCCUUAUCUUCUGAGCUGAUUUCUACAUUUUCAGGUAAAAGGUUGCCUUUUUAUCAAAGGAAGAAUUGUAAGUCUUUGUUAAGGAAAAUUCAAGGCUUUUCUGUUCUCUUGGAAUGUCUUCUUGAGAAUAAUAACAGAAGUAGUAGUAGAAGGGGUUCUUCAGAUUUGCCGUCUACAGCUUUUUUAUGCUUCAAGGAGUUGUAUUUAUUGCUUUACCGGUCAAAAAUCUUGCUUGAUUAUUGCUCCCACUCAAGUAAGUUAUGGUUGUUGCUUCAAAACCAUUCGAUUUCAGGUCAUUUUCAUGAUUUGAACCAGGAAAUAUCAACCCUUUUGGAUGUUUUCCCUUUAAAGAAACUGAAUUUACCUGAAGAUGUUAGGGAACAGGUUCAGUUGUUGCAGAAACAAGCAAGAAAAUCUAAGUUGUUUGUUGAUAAACAUGAUGAGAUGUUGAGGUUGAAGCUGUUCUCAUUGUUGAAUGAGUUUGAGAAUGGAGGUGUUCCUGAUUCUGCUCAGUUGUACUCUUAUUUUGUGGAAAAAUUGGGGAUUUGUAGUCCUAGGAGUUGUAGGGUUGAGAUUGAGUUUUUGGAGGAGCAGAUUGUGAACCAUGAAGGAGAUAUUGAACCCACAGCUUCAGUGCUCAAUGGGUUUGUGGCGCUGGUGCGAUACUCCAGGUUUUUGCUAUUUGGCUUUGAAGAGGAUGAUAUAGGACUGAGAGUCGGUAAGCAUAAGAAGCCGAAGAAAGGGCUGAUUAGUCAAGAGAUUGCAGAUACAUUCAUUUCUGUACCAAAGGACUUUUGUUGUCCGAUAUCGUUGGAUUUGAUGAGGGAUCCGGUUAUUGUGGCAACGGGGCAGACAUACGAUCGAGCAUCCAUAUCAAGGUGGAUGGAGGAGGGUCAUUGUACUUGCCCGAAGACAGGUCAGUUGCUUGAUCAUACCCGACUUGUACCAAACCGGGCACUUAGGAAUUUGAUUAUGCAGUGGUGUGCCGCUCAUAAAAUUCCUUAUGACCCUCUGGAGGGUGGGGAUCCAUUUGUUGAAUGUUUUGCAGCUGCGUCACCUAGCAAGGCUGCAUUAGAAGCUAAUAAAGCUACGGCAGCUCUUCUCAUUAAGCAGCUAGAGAAUGGGACACAGAUUGCAAAAACUAUUGCUGCUCGGGAGAUAAGACUUUUAGCUAAAACCGGUAAGGAAAAUCGUGCUUACAUAGCUGAGGCUGGGGCAAUCCCACAUUUGAAGAAUUUGCUUGCAUCUCCAGAUGCUGUGGCACAAGAAAAUUCCGUCACUGCAAUGCUUAACUUAUCGAUUUUUGAUAAGAAUAAAGGCCGAAUCAUGGAUGAUGUAGGGUGUCUGGCGUUGAUAGUUGGAGUUUUGAGAUUCGGGCACACCACAGAGGCACAGGAAAACGCUGCAGCAACAUUAUUCAGUCUGUCUGCUGUUCAUGAUUAUAAGAAGCAAAUAGCAAAAGCAGAUGGGGCAGUCGAGGCCUUAGCAGGUCUGUUGCGAGAAGGUUCUCCCAGAGGGAAGAAGGAUGCAGUAACUGCUCUCUUUAAUUUAUCUACCCACACAGAAAAUUGUGCGAGGAUGAUAGAGUCGGGAGCUGUUACUGCUCUAGUUGGAGCUUUGGGGAGUGAAGGUGUUGCUGAAGAAGCUGCUGGUGCAUUGGCGCUUAUUGUUAGGCAACCAAUUGGUGCUACAGCUGUCGGCAAUGAGGAAAUGGCGGUAGCAGGACUCAUUGGGAUGAUGCGAUGUGGGACCCCUAGAGGGAAAGAGAACGCGGUUGCUGCGUUGCUUGAAUUAUGUCGUGGUGGCGGAGCAGCUGCUACUGAGAGGGUCUUGAAGGCUCCGUCAUUAGCAAGUUUACUUCAGACAUUGCUCUUUACAGGAACAAAGCGGGCAAGGCGGAAAGCAGCAUCACUGGCUAGAGUAUUCCAACGGUGUGAGCAUGCAGCAUCAAUGCAUUAUGGCGGGUUAGGUGUAGGAUAUGCAUUUGCUGGAAACUCAGGUGCAGCUAGGGAUUCAACGUUUGCUGGUGAUGUCUCAGUAUCCAUGUCCAUUUCAGUACCAGUAUUAUAGGGGGUAUUUCCCACUGUUCUUAUCACCAUUCAUCUUUUGUUCUUAGUUUUACCUGUAAUAUCCAAACAUUCUUUCAUUGAAAUAUAAACGCGAGAAAGAAAAAGAAAAAUCAUAGGAAUACCAUAAAUUCAUGUGUUCUUAGCAUCUUGCAGAAUAAUGUGUUUCAAGUCUCUUUGCGUUUGGCUUA